GGGCGCGCGCGAGCCACCGCCUCCCGGGCCUUGGGGGUGGAGCCGCGGCUGGAGGAGGAGGAGGAGGAGCCGCCGAGCAGCCGCCCGAGGACCACGGCUCGCCCGGGCUGCGGAGCUCCGACGCCGGCCCCACGCCCGCCGCCUCGCGUCCGAGACCGUCAGCAUGAUCGCCGCGCAGCUCCUGGCCUAUUACUUCACCGAGCUGAAGGAUGACCAAGUCAAAAAGAUUGACAAAUAUCUCUAUGCCAUGCGGCUCUCCGAUGAAACUCUGAUAGAUAUCAUGACUCGUUUCAAGAAGGAGAUGAAGAAUGGCCUCUCCCGGGAUUUUAAUCCAACAGCCACAGUCAAGAUGUUGCCGACGUUUGUAAGGUCCAUUCCCGAUGGUUCAGAAAAGGGAGAUUUCAUUGCCCUGGAUCUUGGCGGGUCUUCCUUUCGAAUUCUGAGGGUGCAAGUGAAUCAUGAGCAAAACCAGAAUGUUCACAUGGAGUCCGAGAUUUAUGACACCCCGGAGAACAUCGUGCACGGCAGCGGAAGCCAGCUUUUUGAUCAUGUGGCUGAGUGCCUGGGAGACUUCAUGGAGAAAAAAAAAAUCAAGGACAAGAAAUUACCUGUGGGAUUCACAUUUUCCUUCCCUUGUCGGCAGUCCAGAAUAGACGAGGGCAUCCUGAUCACCUGGACAAAGAAAUUUAAAGCGAGCGGAGUGGAGGGAAUGGAUGUGGUGAAGCUGCUUAACAAAGCCAUCAAGAAGCGCGGGGACUACGACGCCAACAUUGUGGCCGUGGUGAAUGAUACAGUGGGGACCAUGAUGACCUGUGGCUACGAUGACCAGCAGUGUGAAGUCGGCCUCAUCAUCGGCACUGGCACCAAUGCCUGCUACAUGGAAGAACUGAGGCAUAUCGACCUGGUCGAAGGCGACGAGGGGAGGAUGUGCAUCAACACAGAGUGGGGGGCCUUUGGGGACGACGGGUCUCUGGAGGACAUCCGUACCGAGUUCGACCGGGAGAUCGACCGUGGCUCUCUCAACCCCGGGAAGCAGCUGUUUGAGAAGAUGGUCAGUGGCAUGUACUUGGGGGAGCUGGUGCGACUGAUCCUGGUCAAGAUGGCCAAGGAGAGCCUCUUAUUUGAAGGGCGGAUCACCCCGGAGCUGCUCACCAGGGGGAAGUUCAGGACCAGUGAUGUGUCAGCCAUUGAGAAGAAUAAGGAAGGCCUCCACAAUGCCAAAGAAAUCCUGACCCGCCUGGGAGUGGAGCCAUCUGACGACGACUGUAUUUCAGUCCAGCACGUGUGUACCAUUGUCUCAUUUCGCUCCGCCAACCUGGUGGCUGCAACGCUGGGCGCCAUCUUGAACCGCCUUCGAGAUAACAAGGGCACACCCAGGCUGCGGACCACGGUUGGUGUCGACGGGUCUCUUUACAAGACGCACCCACAGUAUUCCCGGCGGUUCCACAAGACUCUGCGGCGCUUGGUGCCUGACUCCGAUGUGCGCUUCCUCCUCUCGGAGAGCGGCAGUGGCAAGGGGGCCGCCAUGGUCACCGCGGUGGCCUACCGCCUGGCCGAGCAACACCGGCAGAUCGAGGAGACCCUGGCCCACUUCCGCCUCACCAAGGACAUGCUGCUGGAGGUGAAGAAGAGAAUGCGGGCGGAGAUGGAUAUGGGCCUGAGGAAGCAGACGCACGACAAGGCGGUGGUCAAGAUGCUGCCCUCCUUUGUCCGGAGCACUCCAGAUGGGACCGAGCACGGUGACUUUUUGGCUCUUGAUCUUGGAGGAACAAAUUUCCGUGUCCUCCUGGUGAAAAUCCGCAGUGGGAAGAAGAGAACGGUGGAAAUGCACAACAAGAUCUAUGCCAUUCCCAUUGAAAUCAUGCAGGGCACCGGGGAAGAGCUGUUUGACCACAUUGUCUCCUGCAUCUCGGACUUCUUGGACUACAUGGGGAUCAAAGGCCCCAGAAUGCCACUGGGCUUCACCUUCUCGUUCCCCUGCAAGCAGACGAGCCUGGAUGCGGGAAUCUUGAUCACCUGGACGAAGGGUUUUAAGGCAACUGACUGCGUGGGGCAUGAUGUAGCCACGUUACUAAGGGAAGCGAUAAAAAGGAGAGAGGAAUUUGACCUGGACGUGGUGGCUGUGGUCAAUGACACGGUGGGCACCAUGAUGACCUGUGCUUAUGAGGAGCCUACCUGCGAGGUUGGACUCAUCGUAGGGACCGGCAGCAAUGCCUGUUACAUGGAAGAAAUGAAGAACGUCGAGAUGCUGGAGGGGAAUGAGGGGCGCAUGUGUAUCAACAUGGAGUGGGGUGCCUUUGGGGACAACGGGUGUCUGGAUGACAUCAGAACGGUCUAUGACAGGCUGGUAGACGAGUAUUCUCUGAACGCUGGGAAGCAAAGGUACGAGAAGAUGAUUAGCGGUAUGUACCUGGGGGAGAUUGUCCGCAACAUCCUGAUCGACUUCACCAAGAAGGGCUUCCUCUUCCGAGGGCAGAUCUCUGAGACACUCAAGACCCGGGGCAUCUUUCAGACCAAAUAUCUCUCCCAGAUUGAGAGUGACCGAUUAGCGCUGCUCCAGGUCCGGGCCAUUCUCCAGCAGCUGGGCCUGAACAGCACCUGCGACGACAGUAUCCUGGUCAAGACCGUGUGCGGGGUGGUGUCCAAGAGGGCCGCGCAGCUGUGUGGGGCGGGCAUGGCUGCCGUGGUGGAUAAGAUCCGUGAGAACAGAGGGCUGGACCACCUCAACGUGACUGUGGGCGUGGACGGAACACUCUACAAGCUUCACCCGCACUUCUCCAGAAUCAUGUACCAAACCGUGAAGGAACUGUCACCAAAAUGUAACGUGUCCUUCCUCCUGUCUGAAGACGGGAGCGGCAAGGGGGCUGCCCUCAUCACGGCAGUGGGCGUCCGGCUCCGGGAAGAAACGAGCAGCUAAGGGUCCCAGUCCCCCGGCCUGCUGCCCCUCCGGCACGUCUCUCUUCGGGCGGCCACCCCUGUCCCUCCCAGUGAGCUGGGCCGGGAGCCGCCGGCGCCAGAGCCCGCCAUCGCCGUGGCGGGGAGGGGACGCAAGCCAACUAAGGCGCAUAACGUAGGGUACAAAAUAGAGCGUGUGCUAUUGAUAAUCUCUCCCCACUCCGGCCCCCUCCUCACCCACCCUGCCACUCUGCAUGAUCCGAUUUCAGCCCGGUCGUCCGCUCCCCACGUGUGAAGUUUAGUGGCGCCCAUUUCCGGUUUCUGCAUUCGUCCGACAGAGUUAUUUAUUGGCCCAAGAUGAAAAGUCACGCCAUCUGACAGGCCUUCUGGGCCUCCACAGCCCGUCCUUGGGGACUCAUCCCCCGUGGGAAAUGUAUUCUCACCAGCAGACACUGCCGGGACUCCUCCUCCCAGGGGCAUCCGAGCGGCUUCCUCCCGCCCCAGCCCCCACUGCUGUCUGGCGUCCCGAGGUUCCCAUCGCGACGUAUCCAUGCCACUGAAUCGUGUGUCCGUGGAACUGGUCAGAGCCACGCUGUGACAGUCUCGCCUUCUGUCUGUCUUGGGGGUGCGAGGGGAGGUGGGCAGUUCUGCGGGAAAGUGUCUUGUCUCCAUUUGGGUAAAAGGAACGAAACCAACAAACAGUGCCCUCCUUGGAAAUUCCCCAUUGCUUUUGUGAGCCAUGUUGUAUGACCUAGUAAACUUUGUACCAAUUCAAA